AAUGUGUAUAUGUUGAGCCAUCUAGGAGAGUUAAAGAAAUACUCGAGGAACACCUUCGUUUUCAGGAAGAAGAAUGCAAUGUUAAACAUCCAGCUGCAGGAGCUGAAUACAACUAUUUCGCUGCAUCCAUCUGUCAAUGAAUUAGUUGUCUGCAGUAUUUUGGUCGGAUUGUAUAAUUGGAUGUUACCUUAUAUGUUCUCACGAUUUCUCAAAAGUCUCCCAGUGAAAUUGGCUCUAGAAGGAGUUUGGGACGUGAAAAACAAUUUCUCCAUUAGAAGCCUGAAAGCAGUGUCACAGAACAGAAGCAGUUUACUUUUACAGCCUCAAUUCUACUCAAGACAUGCAAGAAUGAAAAAUUGCUGAACUUUAGUGCUAUGAAGACCUGAGUCUGCUUUGAUGUGUCAAAUCAAACAUCAGAAUGACUAACUACCUUUGGAAAUGUAUAUCUGUACUCCCAGAAUUUUGAAUAAAAUUUUGCUUGAAUAUGGA